CUGGCCCUCAGCCCUCCAGCCCCUUUUCCCCACAUGCCCGGGAAGCCAGGAGCCAACAUGGAUCUUCCUGUCGAUAUCAGCUGAGCCUGGAAGCCUCAGCCCUGGGGAGAACAUGGAAAGGGACAGCCACCCGAGUGCUUCCCCGGCAAGGACGUCUCCGGCCCGGAUAGCCCCAGCCCGGGCAUCGCCGUCCAGGUCAUCACCUGCCAGGCCUGCCUCCACAACAUCCUCUCCAACGACAGUGUACCUUGUUAGAGCAACACCAGUGGGGGCUGUACCUGUCCGGGCAGCUCCUGCUACGUCAGCACCAGCCACGAGGGCCACCAGUGAAAGCCCAGGUGUCAGCCUGCCCAAGUUCACCUGGCAGGAGGGCCAGAAGCGGCUGCCACUCAUUGGGUGUGUCCUCCUCCUCAUCGUCCUGGUGGUGUCGCUCAUCAUUCUCUUCCAUUUCUGGUGGGGCCACACAGGAAUCAAGUACAAGGAGCCGGUAGAAAGAUGCCCCAUGCACUCUGUGCGCUGUGAUGGAGUGGUGGACUGCAAGCUGAAGAGCGACGAGCUGGGCUGUGUGAGGUUUGACUGGGACAAAUCUCUUCUUAAAGUCUACUCUGGAUCCUCCCAUCAGUGGAUUCCGGUCUGCAGCGACAGCUGGAACAAUUCCUACUCAGUGAAGACCUGCCAGCAGCUGGGUUUUCAGAGUGCUUAUCGGACAACAGAGGUGGCCCAUAGGGAUUUUACCAGCAGUUUCUCGAUCUCUGAAUACAACUCCACUGUCCAGGAAAGCCUCUACAGGUCUGAAUGUCCUUCCCAGCGGUAUAUCUCUCUCCAUUGUUCCCACUGUGGACUGAGGGCCAUGACGGGGCGGAUCGUGGGAGGAGCCCUGGCCCCAGAGAGCAAGUGGCCUUGGCAAAUCAGUCUGCACUACGGCACCACCCACAUUUGUGGGGGCACGCUGAUCGACGCCCAGUGGGUGCUCACCGCUGCCCACUGCUUCUUUGUGACCAAGGAGAAGAUCCUGGAGGGCUGGAAGGUGUACGCAGGCACCAACAACCUGCGCCAGCUGCCUGAGGCGGCCGCCAUCUCCCAAAUCAUCAUCAAUGGCAACUACACGGACGAGGAGGAUGACUACGACAUCGCUCUAGUGCGGCUCUCCAAGCCCCUGCCCCUGUCCGCUCACAUCCACCCUGCCUGCCUCCCCAUGCACGGACAGACCUUCACCCUCAAUGAGACCUGCUGGAUCACAGGCUUUGGCAAGACCAAGGAGACAGAUGAGAAGACAUCCCCCUCGCUCCGGGAGGUGCAGGUCAGCCUCAUUGACUACAGGAAGUGCAAUGACUACUCAGUCUACGACAGUUACCUUACCCCAAGGAUGAUGUGUGCUGGGGACCUUCGGGGAGGCAGAGACUCUUGCCAGGGAGACAGUGGGGGCCCCCUGGUCUGUGAGCAGAACAACCGCUGGUAUCUGGCAGGAGUCACCAGCUGGGGCACAGGCUGUGGCCAGAGAAACAAACCUGGUGUGUACACCAAAGUGACAGAACUCCUUCCCUGGAUAUACAGCAAGAUGGAGAGUGAGGUACGCUUCCGGAAAUCCUAAGUAGCUGUCCUGUUCCACCUCACAGCGCUGACUGAUGCAAAGACUCUGGCCAAAGUGACUGGACCAUUUGCAACGUCAUCUGGGCGAAAAGACACCAGACACCUUUGUUACUGUCAUCUCCACUGUCUGCUGCCUCUGGGAAUAUGCACGUGUGUGUGUGUGUGUGUGUGUGUAUGUGUGUAUGUGUGUGUGUUGUGUGUUGCUCUUCCAAGUUCUUCAGAAACCAGGAGAGUUAUCAGCUCUUCCCAAACCCCAGGCUGGAAGUAGUAAACCGAAGACAACAGUUUGGGCAUUGUGGAGGUUUCUACAGGGGUGUCCACAAUAGAUGGAGGAGGUAGAGCCCCGGGAAGGGCCUGAAAGGCCCUCACAUCAGGAAUUCUUGCUCCUCUGACCUUGACUCAGAGACUAGCCCAGAAUGAGCAGCCACCUGGCAGCCUAGGUGACACCACCGCUGUCCAGGAACAGUAACGGGUUUCGUUGGAGUGCCUGGACUGUCCCUAACAGGAAGAUGUUCCUGUUGGCAUUACAAGCAUCCUGUUCUCUCAGACCUCCUGCCGGUGCUGUGGAUGUGGACGGGUGACUGCGCUGUAGCUGUCCAUGCCGACAGCUAUGAACAAGGCUCACUCUUCUUGUUUAGUCUCAGGCUGUUGGGGUGGAUUUCAUUUUAUUUUUAUAUUUAAGAAAUAGAAGUAGAUAUAUUUAAAAAGAUUCUCCAAAAAUUCCUGGAGCUAGGAGAGCCAGCAUCAGUCACCCCAAGAACUCUGAGAGACUCAUAGAAACUGUGCCGCUCUAGAGUCCUGUGGAAUGUUCCAGGCCUCAAGGGACCGGAUGAAGCGGCCCUUUUGAGAUACUCAGGGAAUGAAUCCUCAUUUGGGCUGCUGGGAAACUCCAAGACAAAGAGAGCCACCUGUUGCUGCAUUCAAGGGCUACAACCAAGGCAGAAAGAAAUGGAUGUGGCUUCUCCUUGGGCCCCUCAGAGGCUGGGAAACGUCAGGUGGACAGUUAUACCUCAUUCCCAGUCCUGUUCUGGGACUUCGGAGUUUCUUUUCAGCUUUCUUCAGCUUUCACCUCUCAGUUGUUCCAGAAACAUAUCACCAAUAUGAAAACUGCCAUGGAGAGAAAGCUGACACUCUCCCUAGGCCCUCCAAACAGCGCUUCUAACGGAUCCCAGUUGCCCUGAUCCUGCAAACCAUCCAUGUGCCUGGCCUGUUCUCCAGCUAAAGGCCUGGACCUUCUCCAGCCUUUUCUCUGGGACACCCGUUCCUCCCAGUCCCAUUCUCCUCACCUUGCUUGGGCCUAUCUGGUAGUGCUACGACUCCCAGAGGCAGGGUUCCAGCAGAUCAGCCUAGCCCAGCCCAGGCAGGUGGCCACUUGGGGGAAAGAUUGCACUUGAAGAGCAGGCUGGAGUUGACUAGUGUUGCUGUUCAGAGUCUGAAGAGCCUGGUUACAUGUUUUCAAGUCGGGGUGGGGUGGGGAGAGGGCAACAUUGAUUUCCACAGCAGCCUCCAGGAGGUUUUCAGAAAUAAAAGUUUCACGACCUGAAAAUUUUGUCAUUGGAUGUUCUACUAGUACCCUACGUAGAAAAU